UGACCAUGUUGUGAGCUCACAUGCUUUUUGCAGCUCUGUCUGAUUGACUCCUGCCUCCCAAAAAAGCAACGGCAUCAUGGGCUGGGGCUUUGUAUCACGUCUCUCUGAUCCUACUCUUAAGACCCCUUCCAGUUGCCCACUACAGCACAUGAGCACUCACUCUUACACCACUCAAAAGAUCCCAGACACAAGAUCCCAGAAAGAUCUAAUGCACCAAUACUGAGACAAAUCCAAGACUUUUAAGACUCUGAGAAGACGACCGAGAGGCCAUGAGUACAUUCGGCUAUAGGCGAGAACUGAGUAAGUAUGAGGAUUUAGAUGAAGAUGAGCUGUUGGCCUCGCUGACUGCUGAGGAGCUCCAGGAGCUGGAGAAGGAGUUGGCUGAUAUUGACCCAGAUGACAACCUUCCCAUCGGACUGCGACAGAGAGAUCAGACAGCUAAGACUCCCACUAGAACGUUCAGCAGGGAAGCUCUUAUGAAAUACUGGGAAAACGAGACUCGAAAACUGUUGGAGGAGGAGAGGAUUGGAUCCACAAGCCCUAGACAAAAAGAUGAAGACAGCAGGAAAGAGGAGGAAUGCAUGACUGAGAGUGAAAAUGAAGAAUCUGGGGAUGAAAAAGACGAGGCUGAAGAAUGUGAGAAAGACAUACAAAAAUAUCGGGAAGCCGAACAAGACCAAGAUGAGGAAAGUGAACCAGAGGAGCCGAUAACAGAAGAGGAGGAUGUGGAAGAAGAAGAAGAAGAAGAAGAAGAAGAAGAAGAAGAGGAGGAAGAAGAAAAUGAAGAAGAGAACAGGCCUAAAAUAGCACCGACACUGGAUUGUACCCCACACCCUCAGCAGUGUUGGUCUUCCAAUGGUCAGUCCAAUCAGAGACAGGCAGAGCCUGUAAAACAAUACUCUUCACUGAUGAGUGAACCAAAAGUCCAAGUUCAGGAGCCCAGUCGCAUGUCAGGAAACCCUACUGUGGUGGACGAGGUUCUGGAAAAGAUCCUCAACAAUGACCCAGAUACCACUGAGGUCAACCUCAACAACAUUGAUAAUAUCUCCCAAGACACACUUAUCCGAUUUGCAGAAGCCUUACGUUCUAACACACACAUACGUUUCUUUAGCCUUGCCAACACACAUGCAGAUGACCAGGUGGCUUUUGCCGUUGCCAAGAUGCUGAGAGAAAACAGCAACAUCACAAAUCUUAACAUCGAGUCCAACUUCAUUACAGGGAAGGGUAUCCUGGCACUGGUGCAAGCCCUCACCCGAAACAGUACUCUUACAGAAAUGCGAUUUCACAAUCAGAGGCACAUUUGUGGAGGUCAGGUGGAAAUGGAGAUUGUAAAGUUACUGAGGGAGAAUACCACGCUGAUAAAGUUGGGUUACCAGUUCGACCUUCCUGGCCCUCGUAUAAGCAUGACGACCAUUCUUACCCGCAACCAAGACCUCCAGAGACAGAAGAGAAUGCACGAGCUACGCCAACUGCAAGGAGGUGCAGCGACGCCAACAAACCCAAGAACAGUCGCCCUUCAGAAGAGCACGACCACAUCUUCUCCUUACAGCUCCCCUCGGAGUUCACCAUGGUCAUCUCCAAAGUUACCACACAUUGAUACGGCAAAGAAGAAUGAUCCCCCUGCUCCUCCACCUCCACCACCACCUCCUCCUCCACCACCCCCAACAUCCAAAGCCUCCAUCCCAGAGAAAAAGGCUCCCUCCAGAAUGAUCGCAGAAGUCAUCAAACAGCAAGAGGGGACCUCUACAAAACAGCAGCAGGGUCCCACCAAAUCUAAAUCCAAAAAGGGAAAAAAAGGGGCUGCAAAACAAACAGAGACUGACAGCAUAUUAAUGAAACUUAAGAACACUUUGAGACCCAUCAAUGACAGAGAGUUCUCCAGACCGUCCACACCUCAACGUGGUGCUCAUGAUGAACUCAUGGCCGCCAUCAGAGGCAGUAACAUCAGAAAUCUCAGAAGGGUGGAGGUUCCCAAGUAUCUUCGGUAACCAGGCUGUAAGACAGAACAGGAAACCCAUCUCCAGAGCAUCAUCUGCAAAAACAUCUAAAUACAGACACUGUGUGCUCUUUUUGGAAUCACACUAACCUUAGGAACAAUUCUGAAUAAUGCAGGUGUUUGGUGAGAUGGCAUUAAAUGUUUGAAGAUAACGGUACAACAGACAAAUUCUGUAAAUGUGCACUUUAGCACAGCACAGGGGCAUAUUUAAUUUAAAACAACAGGGGUUUCUGUAUUGGGAAUGACCUGAAUAUUUGCACUGUAUUAUUAUUAUUAUUUUUUUUUUAUCGUUAUUCCAAUUAGUAAUAGUGGUAGUUUCUGCUGUUGUUGUGAUUGUACUUUCUUGUCUUUAAAUGAAAAAAAAAAAAAAAACAACUUUAUCAUGUUAAUGAUUUUUAACUAUUUCAUGUCUGUAUAAAUGUAAAUAUUUGACUCUGUUGAAAAUUAUUUAAUGCCAUCAAUUCAAUAAUCAAUUGAAAUUAUCAUUAAUUCUGCCAUAUGGAAUGUGUAAUAGUAAAACAGUUGCAAAGGUCAGAAGAUUAACCUUCCAAAAGCAAGAUCUAAAUGACUUUGCUGGAACGGGAGAGUAUUAGUUGUAUGAAUAUCAGUCUCUUAAUCUGGACCCUCUAUGUUUGUAUAUUUUGGAAAAGUUCCCUGGGACUAUAUCCACUCCGCAGCUGUUCACCGUGAACAGAGAAAUGUUUUUAGCAGCAGCGGAAAGAACAGCAGCGAAGUUUGUGUUCAAGCAAAAAGCGUAUCUGAAAGGAAAAUACUUUUCCACAGAAGGUUAUGUGGACUUUAAUCAGCAUUGUUAAGGUGUUAAUCAAUUUCUAACAUCAUUUCCAUGUAUCAUAAAGCAUGCAGUAGAUGUUUAAAGCAUGCAACUUCUGAUGACACGCGGCCGGUCACAAGGAAAAAAAGUUGUACAUUUUUUAAUUUAAGA